UAUAAAAAGAGCUCCAUCUGCCCUGAAAAAAGCCAUUCACCCAGCCUUCCUCUCAUCAAGCCCAACUCAGUUCAACCAAACCAAACCAAACCAACUCAAUCCAAACAUGAAGUUCUCGCUUGCCCUUAUCGCACUCGUCGCAUCCAUCGCCUCGACACAGGCCGCUACCGGCACUGUCCACACCGCCGGUGCUCCUCUGAACAUCCACUCCGGACCCUCCACCUCGUCCAAGGUCGUCGGAUCAAUCAAGAACGGCGCUAAGGUCACUAUCGACUGCACGGCCACCGGUACCAAGGUCACUGGCAAGUACGGCACCUCCACCAUCUGGGAUCACGUCCCUGGCGGCUAUGUCACCGAUACCUACGUCUACACCGGAACCGAUGGACGUGCUGCUCCUGCAUGCAAGGGUACUACUCCCUCUCCUCCUACCAGCGGCUGUCAAGCCUCUGGCAUUAGCAACCCCAGGACCUGCGCUGGCGCGGUCCAGUGGGCUGUCUCCCAUAUUUCGACUAGCCGCAACUCCGAUUACAUUGGAUGGUGUGACAAGAUCAUGGCUCGUGCCUACGGUCGCUCCUACUCUGGGUUCAACACUGCUUAUAUUCACUGGCAGUCUACCCCGAGCAAGUACAGGCACCCUAAUGACCGCAACCCUCCAGCCGGCGCUCUGGUCUUUUACAAGGGUGGCAAAACCGGAGCCGGCCAUAUUGCCAUCUCUACUGGUGGUGCCAACAUCAUCUCGACCGACAUUAACGGCCUCGGUACUCUCACUCGCAGCACGAUUGGUGCCAUCGAGAGCAAGUGGGGCCAGGUAAAUUAUUUGUUGUCCAAUUGUUCCUCCUCUCGAGCACCUUGGCAUGCAGCGUCCUUGACUAACUAGUUUGUGUUCGUGUUCUUUCUACAGAAAUACCUCGGCUGGACCGCCCCCUACUACCGCUAAAAGGGUUCGUGAUGCAAUACUGGUAGAAAUCUCGAAAGUUCCGACGGUGUGGUCAUGGAAUGUUGUCGACACUCGACUGCCU